UAGAAACCAAGAAAGCCGCUUGGACCCGUUAGACUGAAAUGUUUUGCUGACUGAGAAAACUGCUUGUUUAUGUUUAUUAAAUGUUAUGAGUUAAUUUUUUUAAUAACAAACGAAUAGUUUGUCUUGGUUUAACUUUGCAACGAAAUAAUAAUAGUUUUGAGGACGGUUUUUAAGCUAAGCUAAGCUAAGCGCUAGCAAGGAUGUUUAUUUACCUGAGUAAGAAGAUUGCGAUUCCCAACAACAUUAAGCUGAAGUGUGUGUCCUGGAACAGAAAUCAGGGCUUUAUAGCAUGUGGAGGAGACGAGGGUCUGCUGAAGGUCCUCAAACUGGAGACUCAGACAGAUGAUGCCAAGUUGAAAGGUCUCGCAGCUCCGAGUAACCUCUCCAUGAACCAGACACUAGAAGGACACACCGGUGCAGUGCAGGUCGUAACCUGGAACGAGCAGUACCAGAAACUGACCACCAGCGACCAGAACGGCCUCAUCAUCGUCUGGAUGCUCUACAAGGGCUCCUGGUACGAGGAGAUGAUUAAUAACAGGAACAAGUCGGUGGUGAGGAGUAUGAGCUGGAACGCGGACGGUGAGAAGAUCUGCAUCGUGUACGAAGACGGCGCCGUUAUUGUGGGAUCAGUGGACGGAAACAGGAUCUGGGGGAAAGAGCUGAAGGGGAUCCAGCUGGCCCACGUGGCCUGGUCUCCUGAUAGCAAGAUCCUGCUGUUCGGAAUGGCCAACGGCGAGAUCCAUAUCUACGACAACCAGGGCAACUUCAUCAUGAAGAUGACCCUGCAUUGCCUGAUGAACGUGACGGGGGCUGUCAGCAUCGCAGGGAUCCACUGGUACGCCGGAACCGAGGGUUACGUCGAGCCCGAUUGUCCCUGCCUCGCCAUCUGCUACGACAACGGACGCUGCCAGGUCAUGCGCUACGAGAACGACGAUAAUCCAGUGAUCAUCGACACCCUUAUGAACGUUGCGAGUAUCCAGUGGAACCACAGCGGCAACGUUCUCGCCAUCGCCGGAUCGCUCAGGAACCCCAGCGGAGAUAAAGAUGUCAACGUCUUGAAUUUCUACACACCGUUUGGAGAGCACCUGCGCACUCUGAAGGUUCCUGGUAAACAGGUGACUGCGUUAUCAUGGGAAGGUGGAGGACUGAGGAUCGGCCUGGCCGUCGAUUCCUACAUUUACUUUGCCAACAUCAGACCUGAUUACAAGUGGGGUUACUGUUUGAACACGGUGGUGUAUGCAUACACUCGCCCAGACAGGAUGGAGUACAGCGUGGUGUUCUGGGACACCAAGAACAAUGAGAAGUCUGUGAAGUACGUGAAGAGUCUGAUGUCGGUCACCACCUGUGGAGAUUUCUGCAUUUUGGCCACUAAAGCAGACGAUUCUCAUCCACAGGAGGACGUCGACGCGGACACAGCAACAGCAACGUAUGUUCUGGUGUUGUGUAACUCCAUCGGGACGCCUCUGGACUCCAAAUACAUCGACAUCGACCCGCUGUUUGUCACCAUGACAAAGACUCACGUCAUCGCCGCGUCCAAGGAGGCCUUCUACGUCUGGCAGUAUCGCGUGGCCAAGAAGCUCACAGCUCUGGAGAUCAACCAGGUCGCCAAGACCAGGAAAGAGGGCCGUGAAAGGGUUUACCACAUUGAUGGCACAGCUGACGGGGCGCUGGAUUUCACCAAAGCCUUCACAGCCACCAGAGAUCCGAUCUGCUGCAUCACAGCAUCAGACAGAACUCUCAUCGUGGGUCGUGAAUCAGGGAUCUUGCAGAAAUACCUGUUGCCGAACGUCAGCCUGGUGCAGAAGUUCUCUCUGAGCUGCAGAGCAUAUCAGCUCUCUCUGAACUGCAACUCCAGUCGCUUGGCCAUCAUCGACAUGACUGGAGUGUUGACGUUUCUGGACAUUGAUUCACGUGGCUCGGCCAGGGAAGCGGAGGAAGGCGCCUCGGCUGAAGACCCGUCCAAAUUUGAGCGCAAAGACGUGUGGGAUAUGAAGUGGGCCAAUGACAACCCUGACCUGUUUGCUAUGAUGGAAAAGACCAGGAUGUACGUCUUCAGAAACCUGGACCCAGAGGAGCCGAUUCAAACAUCUGGAUUCAUCUGUAACUUCGAAGAUCUCGAAAUCAAGUCUGUCCUGCUGGAUGAAAUCGUGAAGAAUCCCGAGCGGCCAAACAAGGACUACCUGAUCAACUUUGAGAUCCGUUCUCUGAGAGACAGCAGAGCACUGAUCGAGAAAGUGGGGAUAGAGGACGCUUCCCAGUUUAUAGAGGACAAUCCUCACCCCCGACUCUGGCGUCUUCUCGCCGAGGCGGCGCUGCAGAAGCUGGAGCUGAAGAUGGCCGAGCAGGCGUUUGUGCGCUGUAAGGACUAUCAGGGCAUCGAGCUGGUGAAGAGAGUGGACAAGCUGCAGAGCGAGGACAUGAAGCAGGCCGAGGUGGCUGCGUACUUCGGACGCUUCGAGGAGGCUGAGAAGAUGUACCUGGACAUGGACCGCAGGGAUCUGGCCAUCAGUCUGAGGAUAAAGCUGGGUGACUGGUUCCGGGUUCUGCAGCUGUUACGGAGCGGUUCAGGGGACAGCGAUGACACGCUGCAGGAACAGGCUUAUAACGCCAUCGGGGAUUAUUUCGCCGACAGACAGAAAUGGCUGAACGCGGUACAGUACUACCUCCAGGGCCGUAAUCAGGAGAGACUGGCCGAGUGUUAUUACAUGCUGGAGGAUUAUGACGGCUUGGAGCGGCUCGCUAACGCUCUCCCGGAGAACCACAAGCUGCUGCCGGAAAUCGGGCAGAUGUUCGUCACCGUGGGGAUGUGUGAGCAGGCAGUCAGCGCCUACCUCAGGUGUAACCAGCCCAAAGCAGCAGUGGAUGCCUGUGUGCACCUCAACCAGUGGAACAAAGCUGUCGAACUGGCGAAAGACCACAACAUGAAGGAGAUCGGCCCUCUUCUGUCCAAGUACGCCUCUCACCUGCUGGAGAAGAAGAAGACUCUGGAGGCAGUGGAGCUCUACAGGAAGGCUCACCACUUCCUGGAUGCAGCCAAGCUCAUGUUCAAGAUCGCAGAGGACGAGGCGAAGAAGCGGACAAGGCCGCUGAGGGUGAAGAAGCUGUACGUGCUCGCCGCCCUGCUGGUGGAAAAUUACCACACUCGGGUCAAACACACUCAGCAAAGCAGAGCCAAGGGCAAGAAAUCCCAGGCCACCUCCGCUCUGGCUGGGCUGUUGGAAGAGGACGCCGCCUCCACAGACAGUCACGUUGUGGAUAAAGCGUGGCGAGGAGCCGAGGCCUAUCACUACUUCCUGCUGGCUCAGAGACAGCUCUACAACGGCAGCGUGGAGGCCUCGAUGAACACGGCCCUCCACCUGCGUGAUUACGAGGACAUCAUCCCCGCCGUGGAGAUCUACUCUCUCCUGGCCGUUUGUUCCACGGCUCACCGCGCCUUCGCCACGUGCUCUCGCGCCUUCAUCAAGCUGGAGUCUCUGGAGAGCCUGAGCGCUGAGCAGAGGCAGCUGUACGAGGAGCUCGCGCUGCAGAUCUUCACCAAACAUCCACCGAAAGACAACCGCAAAAGCCAACUGGACAGCACAGACGACAGUGCGGAGGGGAAGCUGCCCACGUGUAUUGUGACGGGCCGGAGUAUCUCUGAUUAUCAGUUCUGGAUGUGUGAUGUGUGUAAACACUGUGCUCACGAGCAGGACAUCACCAACUACAGCUACUGCCCCCUCUGUCACUCCUCACUCACCUGAUAGUCUCUCUCCAUCUCUCUCUCUCUUCUUCUCUGAUUAUACCUCUCUCUCUCUCUCUCUCUCUCUCUCUCUCUCUCUCUCUCUCUCUCUUAUCCUCUGAUUAUACCUCUCUCUGUCUGUCUCUCUCUCUGUCUGUCUCUCUCUCUGUCUCUGUUUGUCUUUCUGUCUAUCUAUCUGUCUGUCUGCCUGUCUUUUAUUUUCUCUCUCUCUGUCUCUCUUAUUCUCUGAUUAUACCUCUCUCUCUCUCUCUUAUUCUCUGAUUAUACCUCUCUCUCUCUCUCUCUCUUAUUCUCUGAUUAUACCUCUCUCUCUCUCUCUCUCUCUCUCUCUUAUUCUCUGAUUAUACCUCUCUCUCUCUUAUUCUCUGAUUAUACCUCUCUCUCUCUCUCUCUCUCUCUCUCUCUCUCUCUCUGUCUGUUUGUCUUUCUGUCUGUCUGUCUUUCUGCCUGUCUUUUAUUUUCUCUCUCUCUGUCUCUCUAAUUCUCUGAUUAUACCUCUCUCUCGCUCUCUCUCUCUCUUAUUCUCUGAUUAUACCUCUCUCUCUCUCUCUCUCUCUCUCUCUCUCUCGGUCUGUCUGUCUGUCUCUCUCUCUCUGUCUGUUUGUCUUUCUGUCUAUCUAUCUGUCUGUCUGUAUUUUAUUUUCUCUCUCUCUGUCUCUCUUAUUCUCUGAUUAUUUCUCUCUUUCCCCCUCUCUGUCUGUCUGUCUCUCUGUUUGUUUCUCUGUCUGUCUGUCUCUUAUUCUUUGAUUAUACCUCUGUCUGUCUGUCUGUCUGUCUGUCUGUCUGUCUGUCUCUCUGUGUAUUCCCCAGUUGAUGAACCCUGUCAACUUUUCAUGCAGAAGACAGUCAGCUGCUUAUUUACACGAGUCGUCCCUUGAAGUCUGUUUUACACCAGAAUGGAUGCAUUUCUGUGGUUUUUUAAAAGUUUUUUUUUUAAGAUUAUUAAAUACAGGGGCGGCACAGUGGUGUAGUGGUUAGCGCUGUCGCCUCACAGCAAGAAGGUCCGGGUUCGAGCCCCGUGGCCGGCGAGGGCCUUUCUGUGCGGAGUUUGCAUGU